AUGCCUACAGUAAAGAAUCGGACACUCACACAGCCACCCACAAGGCCACAGUUGCUGUGUCGGAUUUUCCCUCUGAUCCUGCUCCUUGCCACCCUCACAACCUCGGCUCGUGCUGCCUUUUUUGGCAUCACCACAGCUCGCCUCUCUUACGACAUUGUCAGUGUCAGAAACAAUUCCACCGACAUUGACAACCUCGACCUCGUCAUGGCCGGCAACGAUCUCUCUGUCGCUCUCAUCGCUAACACUGCCAAUAUUCCCAAGAGCGGACUCUCUGGCCUUCUGUACGAUAUGGGGUAUGCUUGCCAGCCUAGCAUCGAUCUUAAUACAACAAUCCCAACUCCAGAGCUUUUCGGACUGAACAAAAUUGCUCUUAUCGGGAGAGGCGGGCCUAAGGAAGAUAACAGCUGCAGAUUCCGUCAGAAACUGCUCAAUGCCAUUAGCAAUGGCGCUGUCGCUGCCAUCGUCUACAAUGGACCAGGACAGUCCGCAAUCUCAGGUGCUACCGCUGCCAACUACCCCAACGAUCUCCCAUUGGACAUCCUUAGCCUCCUUGUAUCGUACGACACCGGGACGAUGCUCAAGGCAUUCCUUCGCACGUCGAACGAUUCUUCCACCGUAUCAUACUACGACCGAGUGCUGAUGGAGGUGACCCCGGAUCUACGCAUGCCUGUGAUCUGGGAGUUUGUUCUCAUUGUCGUUGUAGUUCUCUUGGGUGUCUCCUUCACUGUCUCAGAGGCACUGGCACGAGGUGGCGACUUGCUUCCAAAUGGUAUUAUCCGGAUGAGGAAAACUAUCGACAAGACCACUCUUGAUGAGUUCCCUGUCAGAAUCUUCGGACAGACCAUCAUUGCCACCCCGUCAACCUCAGCGUCUUUUUUUGGAGACUCCAUGGACCCCACUUCUACUUUGCACUUGACAGAGCUGCCAGUCAAAGAUGGAGCACCCGGGUUUAAACUCGAUGGAGCGCAAGUUGGCAGUCAUGGAGAGUCGGUUGAGAGGAGAGUGCACUCUCGUCCUGAAUCUAUUUCUGGUCGGUCUACUCGGUCUGUAAAGGCAUUGGGGGCAGCGGAAACUCUGGAUGCGAAUGCUGAUGUCGUCCCUCAAGGAGGAUUCAUCAACGACAUGUGCGCCAUCUGCCUCGACAAUUUCUUGGACGGCGAAGAGAUUCGUACACUGCCUUGUCACCACGAGUUCCACUGCGAGUGUAUUGACCCUUGGCUCACAAGAAAGAGCUCUACCUGUCCCUUAUGCAAGUAUGACUGCACGAAGCGCUCACCAGACGCAACUGGAAUCGAGACUGCCAAUGCAGGAGUCGGUGCCCCUCUCCCAAACGACCGGUUGAUGGAGUUUAUCAUGGGACCAGAAUGGGUUGCCUCAAGGACACACUACGGGCACAAUGGAACCAACACCCUCGACAGAGUGGGCCGAUUCCUUUCCAACACUUUUAAUCACAUCCGUGGUCGGCCUACUACUCAGCAGCAACCGGAGAUCGAUGCAGCAGAACAAGGGCGCGUAGGUGACAAUGGCGCAGUUCCUCUUCAAUCGAUGACACCAGGAGGAGUCACUAUUGGUGGACGAUCGUCAAACAUCGCGACCUCGGACGAGCCAAUCGUCGUUGACGUUGACUCCAUCCCUUCUCCACUCGACCAAAUCAUACCACCAACCCGGCAACAGGACGGAAUCCGUUCGUAA